AUGAUUUUGAAUUCGGCAUGUUGGGGAUCUACAUUCAUUGGAACAAAGUCCGGAAUCGAUGCUUUGAAAGCUGCUGAUGUUCGCAACCCAGGUGCAGUCUUUGGCUUCUUGCGAUUUGCCUUGGCAGCAUUUCCAUUGCUACCAUGGUUGGGCCGCUCCAGCUCCCUGGAAAGUGCAGCCAUGAGUUUUCUGGUGGGACUCAUUUGGGGUACUUCCUAUGCGUGUACCUUUGUAUCUUACACUCUUGGGACAACUGGAGCAAAAGCCGCUUUCAUCACAUCACUUCAGUCUGUGGUGGUGGCUGCAUGUACCUCCAUAGUGGCCGGGCGGCUACAACUUGGCACUAUCUUCUCAGCACUCCUGGCCGUUCUUGGAGUGGCCUUCAUUGAGUUGAACGGCGCACUAGACCCGACCAUGGGAGAUGCUGUUUGCAUGGUUGCGCCCAUCGGCGUAGGCAUCGGUUGGUAUGUGUUGGACAAGAACAUGAAGAAAUACCCCAACGACUUCAUUCCAUCAGUGGUGAUCCAAUUUGCAGUGUUCACCUUAAUUUUUGCACUUUGGCUCCUCAAGGAUUAUGAUCAUUAUGAUCAAGAUCAAGGAUAUCAAGGGCAAGAAAUCGGAUCGAGCAACUUGGGAUCCUUGGGAUCCUUGGGAUCUUUGGGAAUUCAUUGGUUUCGGCAGCUCCAGCAACUGCCGGAGCUCCUACGGACGCCGAAUCUCCUGUGUCCCUUGCUUUUCGCAUCGAUCUUCGGAAACCUACUCACCAUGUUGGCCGCCAACGUGGCCUGUCGACAUCUCCCAGUUUCAGAUGUCUCGCUGAUUGUCACGACAGAGCCUUUGUUCGCGGCAGUGGCAGCCGUGUGCUGUAUUGGUGAGACUUUUUCGCUUGGCGACUGUGUCGGUGGCCUUUUCAUCAUGGCUGCACUACUUUGCAAUGAGUUGUGGGGAGAGACAAAUGAUGACACGAAUGAAGCGAAACCGAUGACGGCAAUGAAGAGCGAUUUGAGCGCCGCGGAAGAGCGAGGAAGGAAAGUUUUGUCUCACGAGGUCGACGAACUUUUAGCAAAACAUAGGCUUGAACUCUUCCGAUGUUUGGAACUAGAGGGCCUCAUCCACGCGGUCAGCGUCGAACAGAUGCCAGCAGAUCUGCAGAGCAGCGCUGCGAUCAGCAGUUGCAGACCUCAAGUGGCUUUGCGCUUGCUCAAUGACUUGGCUGUCAGGAAGCUGCAACCAAAGCUGGUCACAACGCAACUGUGA